CGUUGUUGUGUGUUGCUUUAGGCCAAGUUGUUUGCUGUUGUCGUGGCUAGUUUUGCCAACCUUUGGACACUCUUUUUGAGAAACUCUGGCCAGUUUGUCGUCUCUGUGAUUCGCGGCGGCCGAGGAUGGAUGCUUGGAUUUUCACCCUGCAUGUCCUGACGCUCUGCUGCCUCAUUCACGGCUCCCUGCAGGGAGUCCACCAGCGGCGUAUCUACAAGGAUCUGAUGAGGAACUACAACCCGUUAGAGCGGCCGGUCAGCAACGACUCCCACAGCCUCACGGUCCACUUCAGCUUCAGCCUGCUGCAGAUCAUGGACGUGGAUGAGAAGAACCAGGUGCUGACCACCAACAUAUGGCUACAGCUGUACUGGACAGAUUUCUACCUGCAGUGGAACGUGUCAGACUAUCCAGGUGUGACAAACGUCAGAUUCCCCGACAGCCAGAUCUGGAGGCCCGACAUCCUGCUAUACAACAGUGCUGAUGAACGCUUCGAUGCCUCCUUCCACACCAACAUCCUGGUCAACUCCAGCGGAUACUGCCAGUACCUGCCACCAGGAAUAUUUAAGAGCACCUGUUACAUCGACGUGCGCUGGUUCCCGUUCGACGUGCAGCGCUGCGACCUGAAGUUCGGCUCGUGGACGUACGGUGGCUGGUCUCUGGACCUGCAGAUGAUCGAGGCCGACAUCACCGGUUACAUCGCCAACGGAGAGUGGGACCUCGUGGAGGUUCCCGGUCGGAGGAACGAGCGUUUCUACGACUGCUGCAAGGAGCCGUACCCCGACGUGACCUUCACCGUGGUGAUGCGGCGCCGGACGCUCUACUACGGGCUCAACCUGCUCAUCCCCUGCGUGCUCAUCUCCACGCUGGCGCUGCUCGUCUUCCUGCUGCCGGCCGACUCCGGAGAGAAGAUCUCCCUGGGUAUCACGGUGCUGCUGUCUCUGACCGUCUUCAUGCUGCUGGUAGCCGAGAUCAUGCCCGCCACAUCGGACUCUGUUCCUCUCAUAGCUCAGUACUUUGCUACCACCAUGGUGAUCGUGGGUCUGUCGGUCAUCGCUACCGUUCUGGUUCUGCAGUACCAUCACCACGACCCCGACGGAGGAAACAUGCCUCAGUGGACGCGUGUGAUCUUGUUGAACUGGUGCGCCUGGUUCCUGCGGAUGCGGCGUCCCGGCGAGGCCAAUGUGCGCCUGGCGUGCCACAACGCGGCCAAGCGUCAUCGUCGCCGUGGCGGCAGCCUGUCCAGCCUGGAGCUCAGCGUCAGCCAGGGCUCUCUGAGACUCCCCCCGCCACAGGUGACCAACGGAAACCUGCUGUACGUGGGCUUCAGGGGCGGCGUGGACGGCUUGCAUUACCCUUCGCCGCCGCCGGAGCCCGAGCUGCUCUGUUCGCGGCUGGUUGGGGAGGCAGGAGGAAGAGGAGGAGGAGCAGGGGGCUCCAUCCUGGAGGCAGAGCUAAACCAGAUCCUGGAGGAGGUGAGGUACAUCGCCGGGCGUUUCCGAGGCCAGGACGAAGAGGAGACGGUGUGCAGCGAGUGGAAGUUCGCCGCCGCGGUGAUCGACCGGCUGUGUCUGGUGGCGUUCUCGCUCUUCACCAUCCUCUGCACCAUCGGCAUCCUCAUGUCGGCUCCCAACUUCGUGGAGGCCAUCUCCAAAGAUUUCUUCAGCUGAAGACGAUGAUAACAACGAUAACAACGACAACAAUGACGACGAUAACGACGAU